AGCGCUGUAACCCCGCGUUCCCAGCCUCAAAAUACAUACACUACCUCCUUUAGGGGUCCAUUGGCUUUAGUGAUCGGCGUUUCUUUGAACAUACUAUGUACACCUGAAGGUAAUAACAGAUCCAUCAAGGCAACUGGCCUCACGAUAGGUCCCCUAGCGUUAGAUGGUGCCAACCUGACUUGUCCCAUGUGCUCAUCACCGCUUGAUCACCUGCUCAAUGCGAGUCAAACUCCAAGCGGCACCACCCCAUAUAUCGACAUACUCUACUAUGCUAUUGGCUUAGUGUGAGCCUUGUCAUCAGCACGCUAUCUUCACUAGGUUAACCUUCUCUCGCAAUCCGCUAACCCUUGGAUGGUAAGAUAAUGUGUAUUACUGCUACCGGGGUCGUGGCCGGUUCGAAUUGACGUGGGGAAGGAAUUUCAGGUAUAUAACAGGCUAUCCGGUAGCUGUGGUUGUCUUGGACACUCUUCUGACUAACUCCUCGAUAUCCCUAAUAUCUCCCAUACUUGUAUUGCAUGUAUGCUCGACGUGGCUGCUGGUGGAGCGUGUUCCCUGUUCAGAGUCGUUGGUAAAGAUGGCGGGAGACGAGAAAGAGAUACCAAAGGGCCCACAGAAGGCAUUGUUCCGGAGAAGGGCUGAUGCCAAUGGCGAGGAUCGUAAAGACGAAAAGUCAAGAUGGAAUAUGGGAAUGUUAAAUGACAAGGAGACCAUAGAAGUUCCAGGAUCCGUACUACUCCUUGCCCAGGGCCGCAACGAGCCUCUCGGGCUUCGAAAUGCGCCAGCUAGGACAUCUGGUUCUUCUCUUCCCACAGGCUACCUUCAACCAGCACCCAAACAGCAAGAUGCGAAGAAGAUGACCAAGGACGGGCAGAUCAUCCUAGAUCCUCAGCCGGAUGAUUCGCAUAAUGACCCCCUGAAUUGGCCAAAGUGGCGCCGGGAUUCUGCAUUGCUUUCCUUGGGUCUUUACUGUAUGAUUGGAGGUGGAACAACUCCUAUAAUCGCAGCAGGGUUCACUGAUGUCGCCAAGGAUUAUUCUAUCAAUGUAGCCGACGUGUCGCUCACUACAGGCUUAUACAUGAUGGGUCUAGGUAUAGGCUGCGUCGUCUUCUCGCCUACCGCUAUUCUGUAUGGAAAACGACCGGUAUACCUUUUCAGCGCUAUACUCUUCGUCAUAUCGGCGGUAUGGUGUGCUCUGUCGCCUAAUUUUACUUCGUUUAUAUUGGCUCGCGUCUUCCAGGGGAUAGCCGUAAGCCCAGUUGAAUGUCUCCCCUCUGCCACUAUCGCUGAGAUAUUUUACUUGCACGAGAGAGCCUAUCGUAUUGGUGUAUAUACUCUAUUAUUGCUCAGCGGUAAGAAUUUGGUUCCACUCGUAAGUGCUGCAAUCAUCGAGCGCCUCGAAUGGCGCUGGGUAUUCUGGAUCCUUGCCAUAGUUGUUGCUUCUUGUGGCUUUCUUCUAUUUUUAUUCGUCCCCGAGACUUUCUGGGAUAGGUCUCCAAUACCAAGGUCACGCAAGUAUCCAAAGCGACCUUCUUUUUUUAGUAGGAGGUCUUCGGCUCGACAAGUACCAAAGUCCCAUCCUACCGGGAAUGCUGUUUCUAUAGACGAAAAGCCGACUGAAGGCGUCAGUGAAGAGAAAUCUACUGGAAACCAUCUUGAGGGUACGACAUCGACGACGCAGCCACGGCACAAGAAAGCCCAUGUUGGAUUUGCGGCUGGUCCUGAUGGAGAAUCGGAAACGGAUCCGGUAGCGGCUACUAUCUCUACAGCAUUACCUAGCGGCAAAGACAAGUCUAUCGUGACUGGGGAGGGAAUGCCUGCUGAGCCCACCACCAAGGCCGAUGCUACCCCACAAUCGAAUGUCAAUACGUGGUCAGGGGCUAACUGGGAGGGUUCAGGCCAUAUAAGCCCCUCGACGCCGGACUCAUCCGGUCUCAACUCGCCGUACCAAAGCCGGCAUACUGACGAUUAUUUCCGAGUAGAGGAAGGGCGACCAUCUCGUCUGCCUCUGGAAACUGUUCAUUCUGAUACAGAGAGUGAGAAGAUGUCGUUCUCGAAUCUGGGGACUGCAACGACAGGACAAGCUUAUACGCAUGCCUUGCGAAACGCACCCCCGAAAUCAUUCGUCCAGCAGUUAAGAAUACAUCAUGGGCGGCUCAACCAAGAUAAGUGGUGGAAAGCAGCUGUUCGUCCCCUAAUCCUAUUUUCUUACCCGGCGGUCCUGUGGUCGGCUGCUGUGUACGCCUGCUCGAUCGGCUGGUUGAUAGUCAUAUCGGAAUCGAUUGCCGUAAUAUAUCGGGAAGGCAGUUAUAAAUUCAGCGCAUUAGGUACGGGACUCGUCUACAUAUCACCAUUUAUAGGUGGUGUCCUCGGCACUGCCGUGGCGGGCAAAGUUAGCGAUGUCAUCGUUAGGGCUAUGGCGCGAAGGAAUGGCGGCCUCUACGAGCCCGAGUUUCGACUGGUGAUGGCCGCGCCAAUUCUGGUGACCACAGUCAUCGGGCUUAUGGGGUUCGGGUGGUCAGCUUAUAAUAACGACGCUUGGAUCGUUCCGACCAUCUUUUUUGGUGUAGUCUCGUUUGGCUGUUCUCUGGGAUCUACGACGUCGAUCACUUUUUGCGUAGACAGCUACAGGCAGUAUGCCGGGGAGGCCCUGGUCACAUUGAAUUUUAGCAAGAACAUAUUCCACGGAUUAGUAUUCAGUCUAUUUGUCACCGAAUGGCUCACGAGCGACGGCUCUAAGACGGUUUUUAUCUGGAUCGGCAUUAUCCAGCUCAUCCUGCUCCUGUUCACUAUACCCAUGUACAUCUACGGCAAGAGGGCUCGCAUGUGGACUGUAAGGAAGAAUUUCAUGGAGAAGUUCUAGUCGGACCCUAUACUUUGAAUAAGGCUUUAUAUAUUACAAUAGUAUGUUUUGGUUUGUAACCAGGGUUGGUCUUAUUAUGCGUAUGCAUAUGUGUGAGGAGAAAAUCCGCGACGUUUAACGAAUGGUACGAUCUACAUGUACGAAUAUAAUAUGUACCGAUUUAUAUAUGCGGUUCGACUCAUUUAACAGGUAGACAGUAUUAUACCUUUAGGUAAAUACCUAACCACAUAACAAAUAAUAGGGAAAUGACAUAACAGAAUUCGACUCUAUGUAGUACAUCAUCUAUGAUAGGUAUGGCUAGGUACCUCAUAAUUGAAUUGCCU